GGGUUUUCUCCUCUGCUUCCCAAAUGAGUUCUUCCAUUUCGUCGAUCGGAGUCUCCUAACUCCCACUAGAUCUGAUGGGGUUUCCGUAGACAUUCUUCCUUUACCUGCCCGAGAACUCCGGUUAUUGUGUUGCAAGAAGGCAUUGGAUUCGGGUUUAUGUUUUUUCAUUGGAUUGAGUUCUCGUAAAAUUCCGUUUUUCAAGCGGAGAUUUUGGUUUUGAAGGCAGCGUAGAGGUUGCGACCAUGGGUGCGUCGAGGAACCCUAGAAGUAGGCGUUCCUUUUCCUUUGUUCUGCCCCUCCUUCUUCUGCUUCUGUCUGAGACCUCCAUUUUCUCUUGCGUCUCUGCUCAGGAAUCAGGGGUCGAUUCUGAGGACAAUCCGUCCAAUGAGUCCGUCAAGGUGCUCGAUCGCCGGUCAAAGAUCAUCAUGCGAACUUCACGAAACGUGGACACAGAUGUAGAUGAUGUGGAUUCGAAGACCAAACUUACUGAUAUGACUGGAUACUCAGAAUUUGGCCUUGGAUUAUUGGAUGCCUUUUUUGCUAGUUUGUCGAUGAUCAUUGUUAGCGAGAUUGGAGAUGAAACAUUUAUAAUAGCGGCUCUUAUGGCUAUGCGUCAUCCAAAAUCAAUUGUACUUUCGGGUGCCCUUACUGCUCUUUUUGUGAUGACAGUUCUGUCAACUGCACUUGGUAGAAUUGUCCCCAACUUGAUAUCAAGGAAGCACACAAAUAAUGCAGCUACAGUCCUUUAUGCAUUCUUUGGCUUGCGUCUGCUUUAUAUUGCUUGGAGAUCAAGCUCGAAGACAUCACAGAAGAAAGAAAUGGAAGAGGUGGAGGAAAAACUUGAAGGUGGGCAAGGAAAAACAGCUUUUCGCCGCUUCUUUUCUAGAUUUUGCACACCAAUUUUUUUGGAGUCAUUUAUACUGACUUUCUUAGCUGAAUGGGGAGACCGUAGCCAGAUAGCAACAAUUGCGCUGGCAACCCACAAAAAUGCACUUGGAGUUGCUGUGGGAGCAACCUUGGGUCACACAAUCUGCACAUCGCUUGCGGUUGUUGGAGGAAGUAUUUUGGCCUCUAAGAUCUCUCAGGGUACUGUUGCAACCAUUGGAGGACUGCUGUUCCUUGGCUUCUCCUUGUCUUCAUACUUCUACCCCCCGUUGUGAUUAUAAUUCUUUAGAUUCUUGUAAGCAUCAUCUAUGUAACCAGCUCCCCAUUACUUGGUUCUUCAGAAUAUAGGAACAUGCACAUGGUUUUUAGAAAACGAUGGUGUUCCACACCAGACCAUGAGAAGAAUCUGAUGUAUCACACAUCUAUCUGUUACUGAUCCACUGGCUGGGCAUUAUGUUUUCUGUUCUAAUCUAUAGGUGGCCGGAUGUCGCAAGGCCAUUUUGCAUGAGUUGUAGAACUACAUCAAUUGCCAUCAUGAUUUUUUGUAAACUUGCUCCAGACAAGGAGUUAUGCUUGUGCUCUAUAAUAUGUUACUAAAAAAUUGUUCAAUCAUUUUUUAAUCAA